GUACUGAGAGGGUAUUAUCUUUAUGUAAAUGUAUGAAGAAGCUGGAGGUCCUAGUUCACGUUUCAACAGCGUAUUCAAAUACACACAGUAUUUUUAUCGAAGAGAAAGUUUACCCAUCAACAAUUCCUCUGAGCGAGGUUGAUCAUUUGAUAAAAGAACAGCCAGAUGAAGAGAGAACUAAAAUGAUAAUAGGAGAUGAGCCAAACGCAUAUACAUUCUCUAAGAAGCUGGGAGAGGCUUUGUUGGCGGAAAAACAUGGUCAUGUUCCCGUUAUUAUUAUAAGGCCUUCAAUUGUAACUGCAAGUCUAUCAGAACCGAUUCCAGGGUGGAUAGAUAAUUGGAACGGGGCAACUGGUUUAAUUGGAACCAUCAGCAAAGGCAUCCUAAGAGUUCUGCCCGGGAACGGACGCAACGUUUUGGAUCUUAUACCAGUCGACUAUGUCGGUAAUCUCACAAUUGUAGCGGCUACAAAGAAAAUACUGCCACCAAGUGUAAAUGUUUACGCUUGUGCUACAAGUACAGAGAAGCCUUUGACGCUAAAGGACUUAUUAAAUCUGACCACAAUAAGUAGUAAAAGAAAUAAAUUUAAUGAACUACCAUUUCCUGAUGUUUACUUUACAAACUACAAAUUUUUACUGGUUUUCUUAUCGGCUGUCCUACAAACUUCUCCUUUAACACUGGCUGACGCUUUGUUACGGAUUUCAGGAAAAGACCCUAAAUAUCGAAAAAUACUGCGCAGAAUAGAACAAGUCCGCGAUGUAUUAGAAGUCUUCACAACAAACUCUUGGAAGUUCAGCACGAUGAACAAUUAUUGUCUCUUCUCAUCUCUGUCACCGAGUGAUCAAAAAACCUUCCCUUUUAGUCCAUCAUUAAUAAAUUGGUCAGAGUAUAUUCCUAUAUACUUCGACGGAAUGGUUAAAUAUUUAUUUAAGAAAAACCCGGUCUCAUCUGCUCUCUCAUAGUAUUUCUAUAUAUAUGUCAAUAUAAUUAUCAUUAUAUGUGAAGCAUAACAUUUGUUUACUAUAUUUCAUAAAACGUGUAUAUAUACAAUUAUUUAAUUUAAACUGUCGAUUUACAACAAAAGAGCAAGCGCGAAUUAUGGGGCCUGUUUGUCAAAUCAGAUAAGGAUUUGUCCUUCGAAGGGCAUCAACGUUAACGAAUAUCAAAGCUUUUUCAAUCAGAAACAUGCUUCAGUUUAAUUCAUCAGUUUGAGUAUAUAUGGGCGGCGGUAUUAUUUAACAUCAAAUGACCCUCCUGCCCUUUUUCCCCUGUUCAAUAAAAAAAAGCAAAUGGCUUAUUAAUAAUAAUAAUUUAUUUAUUGCAAGAAUAUGUUAAGGUGAUAUAAUCGUAAAUCGUUGGCAUAUUCUGCCACACACGAUGGCGCGCAAAUUUGUCUUAAGGAAUUUUACAUUUAUUUAUUAUAUAUAUAUUAGUCAAAGUCAAUUCUUAUAUUAUCUCGUCUAUUAUACUAUAUUAAGGUACUGAUCUAACGUUUAAUUUUCCCAACGUUGGUUGUGUUAGGGAUGGUUGGAUACAACAAGCUAGAAACCAGAGGCGUAUUUGUUGUUAAUUUUUAGAAUUAUUAGUAGUCCUAGUGUUCUGCAAUAACUCCGGUUAUUUGUACUAAAUUGAUAUUUAAGACGAAACUAAUUAUAUUUGCAGUUCCUAGCGGCAGAAAUAGUAUAUGACAUUAGGCCCCCUUUACAAACACGUUGCUUAAUAAUGUCUCCGAAAUUAUAUUAAACUUCGCAAAGCGAAAUCGAAAAGUGUCAUUGAAUGUUCUGUUACCUAAAAUUAAUUUUGUAUAAUUUAAUUGCAUCUGCCUAAUUAUGGUUUUCUAAUGUUUUUUUAAAUAAUAAAUUAUCAUCGUAUUGGUGGUAGUUAUAUUUGUUAACAUGGAUGGAAUAAAUAAAUAAAUCUU